CCACCGUGAUCACAUCUCUUUCGCAUGUCUCCCCAACAGAAAGCUCUUUUUCUUCCCAAAAAGCAGGGCAACUUUGAGAUUGGCUCCCGCACCAUCCCCAGUCCCGGAGCUGGGCAGCUCUUGGUCAAGAUUCAAUCUGCUGCUCUGAACCCGAUUGACUAUAAGAUCAAGGACACAGGGAUGUUCGUGACCGAUUACCCUGCCAUUCUUGGCAAUGAUAUUGCUGGCAUUGUCGAGGAAGUAGGGGAAGGUGUCAACAACUUUCGCAAAGGCGAUAGAGUAUUGGCGCAUGGCAAAUCUGCGUUUCAGCAGUAUACCUUGACCGUUGCAAGCUUUACAGCAAAGAUUCCUUCGAGCGAGUCUUUCGAUAGCGCAGCUACUGUUCCUCUAGGGUUAGAUACUGCGCUGAUGGGGUUGUACGGAAAUCAUUUUGGAGCUGGGAUAACCCCUCCUUGGACAAAAAGCGCCAGCGGUCACGAAUCAAACAAACCUAUUGUCAUCCUUGGCGGUUCUUCCUCUGUGGGUUCAUACGCUAUCCAACUUGCUCGUCUGUCAGAAUUUUAUCCUAUCAUCACUACAGCCUCUCCGAGCAAUGAAGAACUUGUCAGGAACUACGGCGCAACCCAUUUUUUCGAUCGCAACCUUUCCGGAAAACAACUGAAGGCCGCCAUCAGCAGAAUUACUGACAGCCCUAUCGGAAUUGUUUAUGACGCUAUCUCGUUGCCAGAAACACAAUCUGUUGCAUGGGAAUUGCUUGCAAACAAUGGCACCCUCGUAUUAACCGUUUCUGCAUCAGUCAAGGAGGACGAAGGCAAGGGGCGCAAGGUCAUCCAGACCCUCGCGAGCCCAUCCGUCCCCCAAAAUCAAGAGCUGUACCGCAGCUCCUGGGCUGUGGUCGAGCAGUGGCUUUCAGAGGGUACUAUACAGCCGAACAAGUAUGAGGUUCUCCCGAACGGGCUUGAAGGUAUUAUUGGAGGACUGGAAAGGAUGAGAUUGGGACAGGUGUCUGGAGCGAAGUUGGUUGCCCACCCUCAGGAAACACAGUAAAUGCAUAAGUCGCGGCUAGCUUGUUCGGCAAUGCCUCUUGCUUGCAUCGGGCGGGAUACGAUCAAAUUGUACAUUAAGUAUCACAAUUACAAACUUAUAUAUGUACAAAGUCACGGUGUAGGAAAUUGGAUGUAAAAG